UUUACCUGUGGGAAGGGGGGGCGAGAUUAUAAGGCUGAAGAUCUGCAGUCACGGACACGGCCCCAACGUGGCAGAGUUCACUAGGGGCGUAUUUUACAACCUAACGCACGCUCACACGUUACUGGGAAGUGAUGUCAGCUCCCAUUUCCAUCCUCUGGCUUUGAUAAUAACUCCGCCCCGGACACACCCUUUCCACCAGCUGAUAAACCAUAGGCUGCUGAUUUUAUCCACUGAAAAUGGGAAGCCCAGUGGGAAAUGGGGGGGGUGGGGAGGAAGUCCAGGGUCCAUGACCAUGGCCUGUUUCCUGAACCCUCAUGUGAUGGCAGGGCGGCGGGGAGAGAGAUGGACAGAUAGACUACCAGGAAUACAGGUCGCUGAUAGGGUGCUAAGAUCAGGAGUCCAGCCAAUCUGAGGCCUCCGCCUACUCCUUUCUUCCUGCCCCAUCCUCAUCGCCCAACAAAUCACAGUACUCAGCAUUUUCCCAACAUCAGCAUGUCUCCUGGCUACUCCGACUGCCGUCCCCGGGUCCCUACUCUGACUGCACUGUUGCUUUAAAGGUAUUUUAUACUCUCGUUUCACGAGACAGGAGGAAAUCCAUCAGAGAGCCGCGAAACUGCACAGCGGAGGGGCUGAUGUUACACCGCAGCAGGAUUGGGUUCGGCGCGGCCGCUCCGUGCACCUGUGACCCUGUGCUGAGCCUGGGUCACCACAAGCAUUCAAAGAGAUACUAAACAUGACUUUCCAUACAAGAUCAGUUGGAUGGAGGAGAACAAGCCAUCGAGUGCCACCAGCGACCCUGCCAGCUGCAGCACGGGGGUCUCACAGAGAGCUGCGCCAUAAAUAUUUAAUGCAGACCCUCUGCCAGUGCCAAAACACCCACAGAAGGAACAAGAUCCCUGGCCUCCCUGACACUUGGUUCCUCUUACCUGGUUAUUAAGGAUAUUGUGCUCGUGUAACUGAAGAUGGCCACUGGUGCCAAUGAUACCAACGUGAGCUUCCCGUGCGACUUCAACGAGCACUUCAAGUACAUCCUGCUGCCAGUGAGCUACAGCCUAGUGUUUGUGGUUGGCCUGGUGCUUAACUGCGCCGUCAUGUACGCCAUCAUGUUCCAGACCCGGCACUGGAGGGCUGUCACCGUCUACAUGCUCAACUUGACAGUGUGCGACACGCUGUAUGUGCUCACGCUACCCUUCCUCAUCUACUACUAUGCCGACGAGAAUGACUGGCCGUUCGGGGAGCCGCUCUGCAAGCUGGUGCGCUUUCUGUUCUACACCAACCUGUACGGCAGCAUCCUCUUCCUGUCCUGCAUCAGCCUACAGCGCUUCCUGGGUGUGUGCCAUCCGGUGCGUUCCCUGGGCUGGGCGGGCAGCCGCAGCGCACGCCGCAUCUCCGCCGCCGUCUGGCUAACCGUGGUGUCCUUUCAGGCGCCCAUUCUGUACUUCUCUCGCACGAGACAGACGGGUACUGGAUGCGUGUGUCAUGACACCACCAGCCGUGAGCUCUUCCCCCACUUCCUUGCGUACAGUGGCGUCGUGUCGAUGCUGCUCUUCUGCGUGCCCUUUGCUGUGGUGGUUGCCUGCUAUGGGCUCAUGCUCCACAAACUGCUGGAGGCGCCGCCGGUCCCUGGCUCGGUGUCGGCACGCUCCAAGCAGAGGUCAGUGAGGAUGAUUACCGUGGUGCUGAUGGCCUUCUUGCUCUGCUUCCUGCCCUUCCACGUGACACGUAGCGUCUACUACAGCUUCCGCUACCUGGAUCAGGCAGUCGGCUGCAAGCUGCUGGCCGCCUCCAAUGCCGCCUACAAGGCCACCCGGCCUCUGGCCAGUGCUAACAGCUGCCUCGACCCCAUCCUUUACUUCAUGGCGGGACGCGGUUUCCGCUGGAGUGUCAUUGGCCAGAGGAAUGUCAGGCAACCCACUGCGGUAGCCGAGGCUACUCUGCCCGCUAACAAGGUUUGACUGGCUAAGCUGGAUCUCGGAAGCUGUGCAUUCUGGGGGAAAAAGGGACUGGUGCUUAUAUACUGACAGGAGGAUCUAGGAGGCCAGUGACAGAAGAUUUAAAAAGGUACUUAUGAGGCAGCAUGCAGACUAGUUAGCCCUCCAGUUCAUGCUGCCUGAACUCAGUGUGGUCGACUGCAAUCUGUAAGUCAGCCAGAAGGGACAAGAGGUUUGCGUGGAAGAGAGACUGAAUAUUUCAUGGCCGCAGAACAAAUGUUUGCCUUUCCUUGUUCUAUAUCCUGCUAUCCUUUAUGUGGCCAAGAACAUGUUAGCGUGAGGAAAGUUUUCUUCAGUUUGUUUCUUGCGCAUUCAGCGUUAUUCACUUUGCUCUAUUAUCUCUAAAACACGGCAGACAAAACAUUUUUCUAAUCGAGUGUGUGUGCAAUUCACGAAACGUAAACACAAUGAUUAUUAAAGCAUGACUGUAUCUUUGUCAUCGGUUGCGUAACAGACUUUCAAAGAACCACCUAGUGCUUUGUCAGUGUGGCAGUCAAGUGUGAUGUACAGCUCUGCCAGUAGAGGGCGCCACUGUCAAACUACUGUAACCAUUCUUGUUUGGUAGCAGAGAGGAACAGGGAUAUACUGUAUGGAUAUGAAAGAACGUAAGCUGCAGCUUCCCGUGUAUGGAGGAAAAAGGGGAAGAUUUACGCAGCCAGAAAUGGGAGGAUUUACACUGGAGUCUGAGGUAUCAAGCUAUCCCUUUAAACAGCUCUUAACCCCAAAAACAUCCCAGAAUUCCCCUCAGAAUUCCCGCAUCGCACUCUCUAACAAUGCAAGCUGAGUCAACAUGUGGGGCUCCCUGGGGAGUGUUUGUUAGGCUGCCUCGGACCAACCAAUGGGAGAACUGAUGCGAAUCAUGGAUCCAAGAUGGAGGCAUGUUUAAAUAAAUUGGUUCUUUAUU